AUGAGUCCCGUUCUUUCAGCCCCGAAGAUUGUCCUUCUCGCUGCGCACCUCGCCGCCAAAGCGGAUCUCGACAGCUUGUCCUUCGUCGCCGCGCAACAUGGCUCCGUGCUGCGAAAGGAGUUGCUUCUGCGCAUCCUGCUCACCUACCUCCCCGAGACCCUGAAAUCCGAGGAAUAUGUCUCGUUUAUCGACGAGAUCGAAAAGGAGGAAUAUGUCACACACGAGCACUGGGACGUCGACAUAUCGACUGUGGAACACCUAAGCGAGGAGGACGCUGUCAAGAAGGUCCGCAAGCUGCAUCUGCAGAAGCUGUCAUGGCCACAGGCACCGGCAGAAGCUGAGGAUGAUCCCCUCACACUAUUUCUGUUGCGCCGGGCACAUAACGUGGACGAGGAGGCUGGGCUCUUGACCCAAUUACCCGAUUUGCUAGUGCCUUUCCUGGACCACUCGCCCUGCAUCAGAACGUGGACAAUAUCGGUCCUGCUGCCUCUACUGCGACGGAAUUACGAGUACUACCCCAAUGACAGCAUUCCGGUGACGCUGUCAGCCUUCGAACACCUAAGCGACCAGGCGGCCGUAGACUUGCUCCUGUCACAAACCGGCCAGCGGGAAGAAGAUUACCCUUACAUUGCUCGAGAUCUCCGAAGUCUGCUAGGACCGUGGUUGUAUAGCGAAAGGAGGUGGACUACCAAAAGCCCGGCUGAAGCAGAAGCAGAGGGCGCCGAAGAGGAUGGAUUAAUAUGCCCCGGCUGGGAGCAGAUGCUAGUGUGGCUCACCGCACAUGCAUCAAGUACUUGGAAGGUCGCUGUCGAGGCAAUAGAUCAUUGGCACUCGCCAGAGGACGUCGACUUGGGCGGAUAUGGUCAAAUGUGGCUGAAUGAGGACAAGCAACAGUACCUGGAGCUCAGAUAUGCUCGCGCUGCUAUGGCUUCGGCCUACCUGAUUUCUGAAGCAACAACCGAUGCACUGACAGGCGCAUACACCAUCGUUGCAGAAGUCGCCAAACUUCUGGACGACCCUCUACCACCACUACAGACUGCGGCCUCCAAUCUGACCCCAGUCCCAGACCUUGGCAGCACUAAUAUCAUGUUCGCAAAGAAUGUCACUCACCUUCGCAAUAACCUCCUCGACGAAAGCAACAUCCUCACGAAACCAUCGAAGCUAGCUACGACCCUCCUAUCCGCACUGGUCGUCAGCGCUUUCCUUGCGACACGCGCAGGGUCACCUUGUACACUCAGAAGAGCUGGUGAAUUGGCUUUACUACAAGACGAGCGUGAACAGAAGACAGAAGCUCUUAAACUCAUCCAUGCCAUCAGCGAGAAUGGUCCAAUCUCGGAUGACAGGUUCUGGCUCAAAGCUAGGAACGAGAUUCUCUGGCUGAGAGACUGGGGCGCAGAAGAGGAGUCAGGCCCGGACGAAGACCAGCAUUACCACGGGAUAUUUGGACGUGUCAGCCGCGAGUUUCUCGAGGUUGAGAUCUUGAAGACCCUUUUGGCGCAUACCCGAUAUUCGCUGGCAAAGUCUCUCUACGAGGACUCGACAGAGCAGCCACUUUCGAAGAAAGUUCUGCAGGACACCAUCUACGCCGCAGCCAUGAGUGCCUAUGACAACGCUUCGAAUCCUAACCGCACCAGGGGUGGAGUGAAGAAAUGCAACGACAUAUUGCAUGCCUUCCCGCAGACCAUAGAACGGUCAUUUGUGGCGACGCAACGGAUCGAAGCCCUGCUCAAGGCGACCCAUGCUUUGAGUGAUUACCGGCUCGUCCUAAAACAGGGCGAGCCGUUUACGCCUGUUGUACUACGCGUGCACCAGGAUCCUAUCUCCAUCAUUGCGAAGGUGUUGGAACAAAAUCCGAAAAGUUAUACCAACAUUCAAGACCUCGUCGAAGUGGGCCGUAAUAUGGUGGUUGCAGGCCUGACGGUUCGUGACAAGUCAGGCCAUUGUGCACUCACACCAGAAUUGGAGCCGCAAGAAAUACUACACACCGAGAGGCGCAUCACGGCGAUGUGCAUCGACGCAGCCCUGACGGAGGAUGACUUUGAAACUGCAUAUUCCUAUGUCGUCAACCGGGUGGCAGCUCUGGGCAAACCGCCACAGCCGCUGAGUCGCAAGGCCAGCAACGGCUCCUUGGUGAACAAGGCUGCAUCUGUUUCGACUCAACGGGAUGAUUGGUCAUGGAGGGCAGCACUACAAGCCGGCAAAUACCGACGCACCUCGCGGACCGUCAGACCUACCCAUCUCGGGACCGCGAGCGGCAACCCCAACAUCCGGCACCUGGAGCAGAGGAUCGAGUGUCUGGCCACCGCUCUUCGGGUCGCCCCUUCCGCGACACUAUCAGAAAUCCUCAACACGUACCGCCGCACGGAAGAGGAGCUAGAUACGGCCAUAAGCGCCGAGCAGGAGCAGGAGAAUGCCUGGGACGAGGCGGCCGACAUGCACACGAUGCCCGGCGGGUUUAACGCACCCUCUCGCAGCGCCACUGCGCCAGCUAGACAGCCAGUAUCGUCUUCGCGGCACACGUCCGAGGAGGCGCCGAUGUCGCUCUUCGACCUGUCGAGAGCCAGCAUGCGCUCUGCACAGCGCAACCUGACGGCGCUGUCCAAUUUCAACACCACCGCGCAGGGCAGGGGCUUCGACGCAUCGGUGGACGCUGGUGAGUCGACGGAGCAGCAGCAGCAGAGGGCGAGGAAGAGGGACCAGCUCAGGGAAGCUGCCGUUGGUAGUUUGACUGCGGGAGUCGGAUGUAACAUCGCAAGCAACCUCCAACACGGCGGCAACCUUGCCAACGACGCGACGAUGGGUGUUCCCAAGUUCUUCAGAUGGCUCUCGGAGCGGUACCCCUCCAUCUCCCAGCUCAUAGCAGAGAAUCGAAUCCCCGAGUUCGACUGCCUCUACCUCGACAUGAACGGAAUCAUCCACAACUGCACCCACAAGGACUCGGGCGAUGUCCAGUUCCGACUGAGCGAGGAUGAGAUGUUCAUUCGCAUCUUUAAUUACAUCGAACACCUGUUUGGUAAAAUCAAACCCAAGCAGCUCUUCUUCAUGGCUGUGGACGGCGUUGCGCCACGGGCAAAGAUGAACCAGCAGCGCGCGAGGCGAUUCAGGACCGCACUGGAUGCUGAGCAGGCAAGGGAUAAGGCGAUCCGAGAAGGGAAAGAAAUCCCUAAGGAGGAACCAUUCGACAGCAACUGCAUCACGCCGGGGACAGAGUUCAUGGCGAAGCUGUCGCAGCAGCUGAGAUAUUUCAUCAACAAGAAGGUCUCCGAAGACAAGGAAUGGCAGGGCUGUGAGAUCGUGCUUUCCGGCCACGAGGUCCCCGGCGAGGGCGAACACAAGAUCAUGGAAUACAUUCGUAACGCAAGAGCACAGCCGGAUUACCACCCCAACAUGCGGCACUGUCUAUACGGCCUCGAUGCGGAUUUGAUCAUGCUGGGUCUGCUCAGCCACGACCCGCACUUCUGCCUCCUCCGUGAGGAGGUCACCUUCGGCCGCCAGUCCAAGGUGCAGUCGAAGGAAUUGGAGCAUCAAAAUUUCUAUCUCAUGCAUCUUUGCAUUGUUAGAGAAUAUCUCGAGUUGGAAUUCCAGGACUUCAAGGAGGAUGGCGCGAAUAAGCUGGACUUUCCCUUCGACAUGGAGCGGGUUAUCGAUGAUUUCAUUCUCAUGGCGUUCUUUGUCGGCAACGAUUUCUUGCCCAACCUGCCACGGAUACACAUCAAUGAAGGCGCUUUGGCGAUGAUGUUCAGGAUAUACAAGUCCGUCUUGCCGAAAUGCGACGGCUACAUCAACGAGGGCGGCGCAAUGAACCUGAAGCGUUUAGGGAUUUUCCUUGAGGAGCUCAGCAAGGAGGAGUACCGGUUUUUCGAGCACGAGGUCGAGAGCUCUAAGUGGUUCCAGGCCAAGCGAAAAAUCGGGAACGGAGAUGCGCCCAAGCCGAAGGGCAAACUCGUCGUCACAUCAGAGCAGAAGAAGCUGUGGAAGGAACAGAUCAAGCCCUUCCUUACUAAGCGGGCCUCUGAGACUCUGGAUCUGGGCAUCAGCCUGAAGGCCGCUGAUCGCAAGUUCGUACAAGAAUUUGCCGACAGCGCCCGCAUCAACUGGAAGACUAAGGAAGAUGACGACGGGCACCGGCAUCUCGUGCUAACCUUCCCGCCGAAGCCAGAAAUGGAUGACGGUGAAGGCGUCGAAGACUUCGAGGAAGAAUCGCAACUUGCUAUCAAUCGAAUUGUCAAGAAGUACGACAACGCGGAGGUCCAGGACGUGACAGCAGAAGAAGCUCAGGCUCAAUACGACGUCCUCUACCAGCAGAAGUUCCAAGAGUGGAAGGACAACUACUAUGCCGAGAAGUUCCCUGAGUGGGCAGGAAACAAGGAGGCCGAGCUGAAGAAGCUGGCCGAGAAUUACGUGCAGGGCCUGCAAUGGGUCUUGUUCUACUAUUACCGUGGCAUCUGCUCGUGGCCCUGGUUUUACCAGUACCAUUACUCUCCUCUGAUCUCAGACGUUAUCAAGGGGCUGGGUGCCGAUCUCGACUUCAAGCUGGGGCAGCCUUUCCGGCCGUUCGAGCAGCUAAUGGGUGUGCUUCCCGACCGAAGCAAGAAGAUCGUCCCUACCGUCUACUGGGAUCUCAUGACGAACCCCAACUCACCUAUCGUCGACUUUUACCCUAGAGACUUUGAGCUGGAUAUGAACGGCAAGAAGCAGGACUGGGAGGCUGUGAUCAAGAUCCCCUUCAUAGAUGAGAAGCGUCUCCUCGACGCUAUGGCCACCAAGAACGACUUGUUGUCCGACGAUGAGAAGGGGAGGAACGGUUUCAAUGUCCCCAUCAAGUUCACUUACUCGGCGGAUCGCAACUUCAUCUAUCCAUCAUCCAUGGUGGGCAUAUUCCCUGAUAUCCCGAACUGCCACUGUGUGGAGAACAUAUUCGACCUCCCGCCCACGGAGGGUCUGAACUACCGGCAAGGUCUGAUGGAAGGAGCCAUGCUUAAUGUCUCAGCCCUGGCUGGUUUCCCAAGUCUGGCAACUCUCCCCUACACUGCGACUCUGGGCUUCCAUGGGGUCAAUGUCUUCCAGCAGGACAGUCGUAAUGAGAGCAUGGUCGUCACGCUAUCCGAUUCGGCGGUGCGAACCAAGGUCGAGAACGCGAAGCAGAAACUUGGCCAGCGGUGUUACGUCGGGUAUCCAUUCCUCCAAGAAGCAAAGAUCGUCCGUGUCUCCGACGAGCUGUUUGACUUUACACUUGCAGAGAAUGGGUCCGGCGAAGUCGUCGUAAAGGACCAUUCCAACAGGGAGAUUGACGAUUGGUUGAAGAAUGCUAGGUAUUGGGAGGACUUCUACAGCAAGCGUUUGGGCAUCUUGAUCGGGGACGUGGAGUCCAUGGUCCACGUCGAAAUGCUCAAGGGAUUGAUCAAGACCGACGAAGGUUCCACCAUCAAGGAGUUUGGUGAAAUACCAGGCAUGCGGGAUUUCUACGCGUCGCAGACCAUUGUUGACGACGUGGUCAAUGAGGAUGAGCGUUUCACAGAGAGAGCAGCCCUGCCUCUUGAGGAAGAAUUCCCGGUUGACUCGCAUGCCUUCUACCUGGGCGACUUGGCAUAUGGCCGGCCUCUCGCGGUGACUGGCUACAGCGACAAAAAGCUGGACGUUAUUAUCUCCAAGAUGAAGAACAAGGAGCCAGACUUUGCGAAGCAAAUCAUCCACAAGAGCGAGCGCGAGAACAGAUACAUGCCGUCUUAUCAAGUGUCGAAGAACCUUGGCCUUCAUCCCCUAGCCUUCAGCAAGAUCACAUCUUCCUACCAAGUCCUCAGCGUGGGAGAUCUCAAAGUCAACUUGGGGUUGAACUUGAAGUUCGAUUCGAAGAAGCUGAAGGUCCUUGGCUUCACUCGAAAGUCCGAGACGGGCUGGGAGUUCAGCAAUGCGGCGAUCAAGUUAGUCUCUGACUACAUGGUGAAGUUUCCGGACUUCUUUGCGGGGCUGCAGAAGAACGUGCAAAGCCGGGAUGUUAAAGCAACUGAUAUCUGGCCUGACGAGGCAACGGCGACAACAAGAGUCAAGGAGAUUGGCCAGUGGCUCAAGUCAGUCGGUACGAACGGCUUUGCGAAGGUGCCAUUGGAUGCUGAACAGCUCGACUCCACCGUUGUCAUGGAAUUGGCCUCGGCAUCUGAAGCAGCGUUUGAAGCCUGUAAGGAGACGACUUCUCAGGCAGUCAAGGGAGUGCCGCGGAGCGCACUCUUGAAACCUGGAGACGCAGAGACCCGACUCGGAAACCAGCGUUUCCAUUUGGGAGACCGGGUUGUUUAUGCGCAGGAUAUCGGCAAGGUCCCUAUCGCCUCUCGAGGAACCGUGGUCGGCAUUAGCAGGGUGGGCAGCAAGAACAUCCUCGACGUCGUCUUCGACAUCACCUUCAUGAGUGGAAACACUCUGGACAGCCGAUGCCCUGCUUUCCGCGGCCAGACGAUCCCAGCCUCGUCUGUUCUCAACCUGACCGACAGACAGGUCGUCAUCGGCUCCAAGGCUGCCAUGGCGCGGGCGCCCCACCCGUCGCUGACUACGCUCGUGGCGAGCGGUGGCUACGGCGCGCCUGGUGGCAGACAGUUCCGCGACGCUGCUGCUCCUCCACCGCUGACCGGCUCAUGGCGCGGUACGGUUAAUGGCUCCAACGGCCACGGUCGUGGUCGUGGAGGACACAACGGCCAUCCGCCGCAGCGUGGAACUCUCAACAUUCAGCCUAGCAAUUUGGUGUACCGUCCGUCGCCGAACCAGACACCUCAACAGGACUACCAGCGAGGUGGCCGCGGAGGCUUCCAGAAUGGCGCCGCUAGAGGCGGACGCGGCGGUGCCCAGCGGGGACGAGGCGGCGGUGGUGCAGCACCGAAUAGUAACGGCCAUGCAGCACAGCAGCCAUCGUACAACUCCUACCCACCACCCCCGGGCCUUGAUGGUAACAGCAGAGGCCGUGGCCGUGGUAGGGGAGGACGCGGCCGUGGGUCACCGGCUCCGCGUGGCAGGGGUGGCGGCCGGCCGCAGUCGCAAGCCGCUGCUCAGAGCUAG